AUGACAAGUCUAUUUUGCAUCGGUCAAUCUCAAGAAUAUCCUACGCUGAGACAAUCUAAAUGUUGUUCAAUGGGUGUAACUAUGAAAGGAAAUAAUUUAAAAUUGUUACCAAAAAAGAGGGCUUUCAUUGUAAAGAGAUCACAACCAUCAAAUUCAAAGUGUAGUGAUGAUCAUUCUCCUCAAGAUGAUUGA